GUAUACAAGUGUAAUAUCUGUGUGUGUGAUCAAGGGGUUAAUCAUUUUUGGGAUGGGGAGGGGCUGAUAAAUUAAACAAAGAAAGCAAACGUUAAUUGCUAACACGGCAGGAGAUAUUCUAAGAGUAAAAUUAACACCUUUUGUUCUUUUACCAUAGCGGGCCUAACCAUCGCUUAUCAGACCAAUCCAGAGUGUAUGACAAGAACCCAUUCCUUACACAGCAGUGACCCACCCUGUGCAUCAGGUGUAAAAUGAUGGUAGCAGUAGGAACUAACCCUGAUGUGGAGAGACACAAACAAUGGAAGGACCAACACCCGAACCUCCCUUUGUCGACGUGGACAAAGGACUAACGUUAGCAUGCUUCGUCUUCCUUUGCCUUUUCCUGAUCGUCAUGAUUAUCCGCUGUGCCAAAGUCAUCAUGGACCCUUACAGCGCCAUCCCAACGUCCACGUGGGAGGAGCAGCACCUGGAUGACUGACAGGGGACCAUAGGGAAAGAGGCGGGCAAGAAGGAUGCAACGCCAUGGACCAAUCAGAAGCUUCUGCAGGAUGGACAGGUGGCCGCCUCGUUCGGAUAAGGACACAGAAUAGGAUAGAGCUUUUU